UUUUCUGGCAAUGGUUAAAAAUUGAGCAUUUAAACGAACGAAAUUCAUUUAUCGGACACUACUAAUUAUACGGAUGAUUUGUAUAGAAAUAAUUUGACGUUCAAAAUUGUGUAGUAGUGAAUUUACAUACUAACUUCAAUUUUAUUUUAUGCCUGGAUUCCCUAAUUACCAAUUUUUAGAUUAAUAACAAAAAUUACAGUGAGUUAGUCUCAGUGGUAACAGUCACGUUAUAUUUUUUUAGUAUCGAAACCUGAAAUUGAAGCGGCCGAAUAUUUUUUUAGACUAGCAAAACGUAGCGUGUAAUGAUGAAUAGUGGCGUGCCCCCCGGCUUGGUUGUCACGAAAAAUGAACAGGGCCAGCUUGUUGUUGUGCAACAGUUCCAGCUACAGCAGCCACAGAGUCGACCAGCUCAGGUUGUCAGGCCAAUCAUUCAAGCAUCUAUCAUAGCCACAGCAACGACGACAUCUUCAGCAUCUGCAGCAGCAGGAACAAGAUCGCUCUUCAUACAACCCCAGCACAUCCUUCCGCAUACUCAACAACAGCAGCAGCUAACAGCAACAACAACAUUAACUCAACGAGUUCCAUUGUUACCCGUUCAACCGACUACAACAACGAUGAUUGUUGCUCAACAACAGCAACAGCAGCCACAACUUCAAUUAGCACCCAAUGUUAUUGUCAAUCAGCAGCAGCAACUGUCGUUGACCAAUCAAAUUCAACCUAAUGGUGAUGCUCUCACAUCAAUCAACAAGGAGGUAGUGGAAAAUGUGCGAAAGUGCAAAAACUUUUUGUCCACCUUGUUAAAGCUGGCAGCGAAUCAACCGAAGGAGACACUUGACAAUGUGUUGAGCCUCAUCCAGGGACUUGUGGACAAUGCAGUGACUCCAGAGGAGUUCACUACUCAACUUCAGAAGGAGCUGAAAUCCUCCCCUCAGCCUUAUCUAAUUCCAUUUUUAAAAAAAAGUCUACCUUACCUCAGACAGUUUUUAAGCAAUAACAAGAUGCAAAUAGACGGCAUCAGACCGCCCAUAAGUAAUACAAGCACCGACGACACCAAUAGCAACAACACCAACAACAUCAUCAUACAGAACAACACAAAUAGCAUCGUUAACACCACUAACAACAACAACAAUUCUGUAGUUUUCCUGACUGCCACACAACAACAGCAACAACUACAUCAACAGCAACAAACAAUAGUUGCUGCUACAACAACUCAGGCAAGCAUGUUAGCUGUAGACGGCAGUAACAGUAGAACUACAAUUCGUCCAGUAACAGGCAUCCCACAGCAACAACAAAAACUGCAAAACAUUCAACAACAGCAACAAAUUCGAUUGAUGCAGGCUCUUCCUAUAUCCAACAACAACAACACCAACAACACUAACAACAACAUCAGUGCUACACCAGAAACUACAAGGUUGUUACAAACACGCUUCUCAAAUCCUUCGUCCAAUACACAUCAGUUACUCAACAACUUAACGACUGGGCAACAAAAACUACAGGCUCAACAGUUAGCAGCCCUACACACAAACACAAAUUUUAUAGCUCCGACGACACCGUUACCAUCUUCACUUCCACGACUAAUUCUCUCAUCAAAUUCCACUCUCCUUGCAUCAUUCCCUCAAGUGCAGCCUGUCUCUACGACGCCGACCACCACAGUUGCUGCCAUCAUAGCCACAACAACGGCAGCAGCAGUAGCAGCAGCAACGACAACAACGACAUUAGCAGCCCCAAAAGUCAUCAACAAUAUCAACAACAACAUGACAGCAACACUGCUACGGAAUAACAAUAACAUUCUGCCCACGUCUCUCGCGGCACAGCAACAACUGCAGCAGCAACUGCACCAUCAUAGGCAACAACAAAUACAACAACAUUUGCAAGCCUCGAGACCUGAAAAACGAAAGUUUGAAACAAUUAGUCGAACAGAAGAUGAUGAUAUAAAUGAUGUGGCCACGAUGGGAGGAGUCAACUUGAAUGAGGAAACUCGAAACAUCCUAUCAGUUACGAGUAUUUUGUCAACUGGCCAAUUACGAUCUUGCACAGAAGAGUCAUUUCUAGACCAACACCUGCUGAGUAAAUUUGUCUCCACUAUAGCCCAGAGGAAAGGUUUAUCGACAGUUCAGCCGGAUUCCAUAAAUAUGUUGUCGAUGGCUGUGAAAGAAAAAUUAAAAACUAUCCUUGAACAGUUAUCUGUCCUCUCAGAACACAGAACAGAAAUAUACAAGAAUGAAAAACUGCUGACUCUGAAAUCUGAAGUGAAAAGGCAGAUGAAAUUCAGGCAGGAGAUUGCCAGGUUGGAAGGGGAGAGAGUGAGAGAAAUAGAGAGUCAGGCCAUUAUGAAAGCCGCCAAGUCUAGAACAAAAACCGACGACCCUGAUCAACUGAAAAAAAAGGAACUUGCUAAAAAGCAACAAAUGCAAGAGAUGGAGGACAAAAGGAAGGAGCAAUCCAACAUCACAGCCCUGGCCGCCAUUGGACCCCGGAAGCAACGAAGUUUUACCAUUUUGCCGGACUCUUUGUUGGCCUCCUCUGCUUCCUCUUCGUCCAAUCAUCACAUUCUGACCAAUAACAGUGUCGGCUCUACUGGUGGUCUGCUGAACGUUUCUGGAGUUCUUAACAAUGGGAAUGUAUUAGGUGGAAGUUUCAGCUUGCCUGGACAGACAUUGCCUUUAAGAAAUCGAGUGAAGAGAGCAACGUCAAAAGACUUACUGUACAUAAUGCAGCAAGACAAAAGGUUGAGUCGAUCUGCUCUGCUCUACAAGGCAUUCAUAAAAUUCUGA